GCAGGGAGGUGGUAGCUCAGUAAGGUCUUCCUGCUGUUUGAGACAUCCCAAAGCCCUUAACACUCCAGAUAUUAAACGUCCUCCUGGACAUUUUGCCAGUUUGCAAAGAUUACACAAAAAUGGACUAUAAAUUCAAAAUUUAUGCAAGCUGUGUGGCUUGAUGCAGACUAACUUGCUCUUAAAAUGGAGGACAUGAAAUUAGCAAGACACUGCGAGAAGUGAAUGAAGCUAGAGUAAACUUCUGAAAAGCUGUGUAUCUAAUAAUCACAGAACAUUGCUUUUCUGUCUUACAUUCUUCUAACAAACUUUGGUUCUGAGGCUUUUUGUCCUGUGAGGCAGUCACAGAGGUUUUGUGGGCUUUUUGGUCAGAAAAAAAGAAACUUUCCUGCCCACAGCAGCUGGUUGAGAUUAGGACGGUUUCCUGCCUGAGGAAGGAACAGGAAGAGAAAGGAGGAAGAAAUGCAUAAGACGACUGAGGAGACAGUAAACAUCUCAUAGUUUGAGAACAGGAAAUGCUGUGAGCUUUUCCCUUGUCCUCUCCUAGCAAGAUCAGAAGUAUCAGAAUUUAGGCAAGGAACAAAAGAAUGCCUUGAAGAAAUAAUCAGGAAGCAAAACUUAGCUGAAAAUCUCUCCUUUGUGUAUUCUCCGACCCCACUCAUCCCACCCUGCACUUACCUUGUCUAUCUCCUCCAAGUCUGCUAGGGACACUGGAGCAGACAGGUGUUGUCCCAUCCUGAUUGUCCAUUUUCUAUCCCAUUGCUGGUUAUCUGUGCAAGUGUAUCUGUGUGUAUGUGUGUGUAUAUGUGUGUGUAUGUGUGUGUGUGUGUUGAAUCUCCCUAGGUCAAAAUACUUGUAACCAGAUGUAUCAGCGUCCCACCCAAAUCCAGAACCCUCCUGACUAUCACUGUUUUUAUCAUAUGGAAGUCAUCCUCAAUCUCUGUCUACCUUCCUUGUAAAGCCUAGUUUUCCUCUGCCUCGUGGUCCAGAGGAAGGCGUUCUUAACUUCAGAUUCAUGAACCCCCCAGAAUUAUUGUGUGUGCAUUCAUUUUUCUGGGACUAAAGUGGGUUGAAAAUUUUUAUUAGCUUGUCGUGGGAGUCUAUGAAUCCCAAAGGUUAAGAACCACCUGUCUGAGAAUAUGGUUCCAGCUAUUUCCUCAUCCCAAGCCAGGUUAGGAACCUCUGGGCAAAUAGAAGAGUGUCCCCUAAUUAUCCCCUUCUCCAGGAUGUGGGGGCUCAAGGUUCUACUACUGCUGCCUGUGGUGAGCCUUGCUCUGUACCCCGAGGAGAUGCUGAACACCCAGUGGGAGCUAUGGAAGAAGACCUACAGAAAGCAGUAUAACAGCAAGGUGGAUGAAGUCUCUCGGCGUUUAAUUUGGGAAAAAAACCUGAAGCAUAUUUCCAUCCAUAAUCUCGAGGCCUCUCUUGGUGUCCAUACAUAUGAACUGGCCAUGAACCAUUUGGGGGAUAUGACCAGUGAAGAAGUGGUUCAGAAGAUGACUGGACUCAAAAUACCCCCCUCUCAUUCCCGCAGUAAUGACACCCUCUAUAUCCCAGACUGGGAAGGCAGCCCAGACUCUAUUGAUUAUCGGAAGAAGGGAUAUGUUACUCCUGUCAAAAACCAGGGUCAGUGUGGUUCCUGUUGGGCUUUUAGCUCUGUGGGUGCCCUGGAGGGCCAACUCAAGAAGAAAACUGGCAAACUCUUAAAUCUGAGUCCACAGAACCUGGUGGACUGUGUGUCUGAGAAUGAUGGCUGUGGAGGGGGCUACAUGACCAAUGCCUUCCAGUAUGUGCAGAAGAACCGGGGCAUUGACUCUGAAGAUGCCUACCCGUAUGUUGGACAGGAUGAAAGUUGUAUGUACAACCCAACAGGCAAGGCAGCUAAGUGCAGAGGGUACAGAGAGAUCCCUGAGGGAAAUGAAAAAGCCCUGAAGAGGGCAGUGGCCCGAGUGGGACCCGUCUCUGUGGCCAUUGAUGCAAGCCUGACCUCCUUCCAGUUUUACAGAAAAGGUGUGUAUUACGAUGAAAACUGCAAUAGUGAUAAUCUGAACCAUGCAGUUUUGGCAGUGGGAUACGGGAUCCAGAAGGGAAACAAGCACUGGAUAAUUAAAAACAGCUGGGGAGAAAACUGGGGGAACAAAGGCUAUAUCCUCAUGGCCCGGAAUAAGAACAACGCUUGUGGCAUUGCCAACCUGGCCAGCUUCCCCAAGAUGUGACUUCAGCCAGGCAACCCCAUCCUGCUCUUCCAUUCCUUCCACAAUGGUGCAACAUACUGAUAUACCUUGGAAGGGAAUUGGUGUGCCUUUCUUGAAGAAGAUGUAAUGAUACAGAGAUUGUCUGUUCAGUUUCCAUGUUUGUUUAUGCUUCAAGUGACACUCCUACUACUUUUCUUCUCUCCACCCAAGGUCUUUAUUUUUUCAUUAGAAAUAGGAAAUUUCUCUAACAGGUAUGCAUUCUUAGGCUAAGAGAUGUGACCACGACCUGCCCUGACUGUGUUGUCCUGGGGCCAAUGCUGUGUAAAUAGAGGCUAGAGAUCUUCAGCUAGGCUAGAUUCUCAUUCACAGGGACUAGUUAGCUUUAACCACUCUAGAGGACUAAGGUGACCUGACUUCUCAGUCUCCACAUUUACUUCUAUAUCUUCAAGGUAGAAAUUCCACCCCAUUAAUGAAUCUAUUCAUAAAUCUUUGGUACAAGGUUACAUGAUACAACAAAUGUGUUUUGUUUUUCCUUCUUUGCAUUUAUAAAGUAAACUGUAUUUAUCGCUUAUCUCUAAUUUAAUAAAUAGCUAUUUAGUAAACGUUCA